AUGAACACAUAUGGAGGAUUUCCCACAAAACAACAAGAAAUUCUAUAUGGAAAGUUAUCAGAAUCUCUGAUUUUGCUUUUGUCUCACUAUAUAAUUCAAACCAUAAAGCACUCCGAAAUCAACCAAAUUGAAUUUACAGAGAGGCUGCUAUUAAUUUUCCAGCAGAUGAGUAAAUUAGAAGCAAAUAAGUAUAGCCCUCCAAGAUUAUCAGAGUUUUUCCAAGAUUUAGCUUUAAUGGUGGCACCAAAGGAAGAAAUACCAGCGAAUGAGGAAUAUACAAGCAUGGACUCCCCAACGACAAAAACUGAUUCUGAUAUAAUGGAGAGAAGCUAUAUUUCGCCAAAAUUUCACUCAAAGGAAACUAGCUUUACAAAUAAGCGAGCAGGAAGGUCAUUUAGCAACUCAAAGCUUGAUAAAGAUAUAAAAUUUGAAUCUCCUGUGAGAACUUAUAAAGGCUGAGCCCAAGAUUCAAGACCAAAAAUACUGUCGAAAUAUCCUGGACUAGAGAAAACUGUCAAUAAAUAUUUCCAUAUAAAAAAGCAUCAGGAGCCGUCAAAAUUUCACCAAAAAGUAAAAAAAAAUUCUGAAAACGCUAAAGAUAUAUACAUUAGGUCGCCUUUAUCGUAG